AUGGAAUGCAACGAGAAACUUGGAGCUGUGGCUGAUGAUGCAGGGUUGCAUUAUGUCCAGUUAAGGAUGCCGAGAGGUUUCGAUUUCUGGUUCGGAAUUGAUCUGAAUGAGCCAGCUGACCAAGAUUUUGUUCCUGGAAGCAAUGACAAUGAAGCUGGAUCAUCUCAUGCUCCUCCGGUUUGGGAAGGCACUCCUGAUCAAGGUUUUGUUCCUGGUAAUAACAGCAAUGCUGCAGGAACAUCUCAUGGUGGUCCUAAUUGGGAAAAUGUUGAUGCAACUGGGCCAUUUGGACCUUAUUCGGGUGGUCAGAGUAGCGAUGCACAAGUCGACCCGAAGGACACUUCGGACAGAGGCACUAACGCCGGAUCAGGUUUCCAGACUGGUGUUACUUUACCAAGUGAGGACAGUGGUGAGGAAGGUGAAGUUCAGUCAACACCAGAAGGGUUUUCCCCCAAGACACCAUUUCUUGGCAUGAAAUUUGACACCUGGGAAGCUGCUCUGUCACAUUACAAUACGUAUGCGCAUCAUGUUGGCUUCUCCGUUAGGAUUGAAUCAUCUAGGAAGUCUACAAGAGAUGGAGAGAAAGACAAAUGUUUGUUUGUUUGCAACAAAACAGGGAACAAUUCAUUACCACCUACUCCUGUCAAGAUUAGAAACCGAGCUAUCACAAAAUUGGCAGAUUGCAAGGCGAAAAUGAGGAUUAAAAGAUCUGGUGCCAGAUGGGAAGUUACUCAGUUUGUCGAGGAGCAUACGCAUGAAUUUGUUGAGAAAUUUGCUCUGAAAAAAUUCCUGAGGUCACACAACAAAAUUCCAAAAGAAGAGAAGAAGUUCAUUGAUUUGCUAAGUAAUGUAAAUCUCAGUUCGGGAAGGAUUAUGCAAAUCAUGACGGAAUUAUAUGGGAGCAAGCAGAAUGUACCUUACAGUACUAAAACAAUUAGCAAUUACAGAGCCCAACAUAGUGAAGAACGGAAAAUCAAAGACAUCCCUGAGUUGUUGAAAUACUUUGAGAAGCUAAAAGAGGAUGAUCCUAGGUUUUAUUAUGACUACAAGCUAGACGAUGACAAUAGGGUUGAGAACAUCUUUUGGGUCGAUGGUGCUGCCAGAGAUGUGUACAAGCUGUAUAAUGAUUGCAUAUCGUUUGACACAACCUUCAUGACUAAUCAGUACAACAUGCCUUGCGCACCAUUCAUUGGGAUCAAUAGAUAUGGUCAGUCCAUACAGCUUGGUUGUGGUUUCCUGAGGAAUGAGAGGGUUGCGAACUUUGAGUGGCUAUUCCGGACAUUCUUAGUAGCAAUGGAUGGUCUGCACCCUCUGAACAUUAUUACUGACCAGGAUGUAGCUAUGAGGACUGCAAUUGAAAUGGUGUUCCCUGACACCAUUCACCGGAACUGCAGAUGGCAUAUCAUGCAGAAGGUUCAGGAAAAAAUUGGUCCUAUGGCAGCCAAAAGAGAAGACUUGAGAAGAGAUUUCAAUGAUGUUAUUGACUAUAGUGUUACUGAAGAAGAAUUUGAAACUAGGUGGGCUGAGAUGAUCCAAAAACAUGAUGUUGUUGAUAAUGAUCAUUUCAAGGACAUAUAUGGACUAAGGAAAUGUUUUGUUCCUGCUUAUUUCAUGAAGCGCUUUUUCCCAUUCUUGCAAACAACAGCUCGCAGUGAAGGGUUUAAUGCUGUUUUGAAGCAGUACAUAAGCCCACGUGAAAGCCUACUUAAUUUCUUCAAGCAGUAUAUGAAAUUACAAGAGAAGAUUGAUUGUGCUGAGGAUGGGCAUGAUUUCAUGGGAAUGGACAAAGUUGUUAGGUUGUGGGGAGAUUUUCCAAUGGAGGAUCAAAUUUUGCAGACCUACACUCUACCCAUCUACAACAUUUUCCAGCUGGAGUUGCGGAAGAUAACAUCCUACAAUGCUAGGGACUGUGGUGGUGGUGUGUUUGAGGUUUUCCCAGUGCAAGGUACUGUAUAUGGUUAUGGCAGAAGAACCUAUGUGGUUGAUGUUGAUCUUGAAAAUCUCAUGUACAACUGCCAGUGCUGCAAGUUUUACAAGGAUGGAAUUCUUUGUUGCCACAUUAUGAAAGUAAUGUCUUACAUUGGUGAAGUGCGAGAGAUACCUGAGCACUACAUUCUACCUAGGUGGUCCCUACCCCCUCCUGAUAUUGUUCCAUCCAUUGUCGAGCCAGUACAGAGAAAAACAGAGAAAAAAAUGUCUAGAAAAGACAUGAGGUUACUACGGUAUGGGAAUCUUUGCAAUGAUUUUUCAAAACUCGCGGUUGAAUUGGCAGUUUCUGAGAAAACAAAAGAAAUAGCAGACAAGCACAUGAUUGCAAUGAGCAAAGAACUAGCUGCUUUGAAGAAAGCUAAUGCAGAUGCACUGAAGAGGAGGAAAAACAAAUCAGUUGCAACUGAAGAUAUUUCAGAUUCUUCUCCCUUUGAGGGAAGAAUGGAUGAAGAUGUUUCUCAAUCUAGAAACAGAAACAAGAAAGCAAAGGACCCCCCUGUUACUGCAGCUAAAGGAAGACCAUGCAGUAAAAGGAAGAAAAGUGGACUCCAGCUAAAGAAGCCUAACCCAACUACUUGUAGUGUUUGUGGUGAAAUAGAUCAUGAUGCAAGGAAUUGUCCAGUAAGAUUGGCAAAUCCAGAAAAAUUCCCUUUUCAUCAAUUUUUCCAGUGA